UUAAAUGCCAGGUCUAUUUGCUCCGUUAUCUGGUAUUCUGGGUCACUGUGGAUUACGUUUACUAUCAGUACAUGUGCAAUAGGAACUAAUGCAGGUGCCAUAGCAGUUAAAAAUUGGAUUCAUGAACAAUUAUUACAUUUUAUGCGCAUACAAAUGGGACGUAUAUACGACAUAAACAUGCGGCGCCAAAUUCCAUGGCGGAAGUUGAAGGUGGCGGUGUUCAUAUUGGUUGCGGCGCUGAUUGCACACAGCUUAUGGAUGAUGACCGGAAUUUACAAAACUGCGCCGCCGCAAAACGGGGACUAUAUUCUCAAAGCGCAUGGGCAUAUUUUGCCGCAUUUUGAAAAAGUGAAAGUAGUCCGGACGAAGAACGUUUGUCAUAAAAUAAAGCCAUGGACCGGCAAGCUCUCUACGUUUGAUCUACCUGCUGAGACAGACUACACUUUAGAUGCAAACGGUCGAUACAAAAUUCCCCCCGAAUUCUACGAUGCAGACGAGAAUACGGCGACACGUGACGACAAAGUUAACGUGGUUCUCGUGCCGUUUUCUCACGCUGAUCCAGGUUAUGGAAUGACCUUUGAAGGCUACUACACGCAGCGGUUUAGUCAGGUGUUCCGGAACAUGGUAAGCUUCCUGACGGAGAACCGGAACAUGACGUUCCAGUGGGCGGAAGUAGUUUUUCUGGAACGCUGGUUCCGCGAUAUCCCCGACACCACCAAGCAACAGGUGCGGGAGCUGAUACGCCGAGGUCAGCUGGAGGUGGUUCUGGGCGGCUGGGUAAUGCCUGACGAGGCGGUUACACACUACCAAAUUGUCAUCGACCAACUCAUCGAGGGACACCAGUGGAUCGAGGAAAACCUGGGAAUCAAGCCCGUCAACGCCUGGAUAAACGACCCUUUUGGGUAUUCAUCCACGAUGCCGUACCUUUGGAAAAAGUCCGGGAUCGAAAACAUGGUGAUUUUGCGAAUUCAUCAAGCGAUUAAGGCGACGCUCAUGCGCAAACGCGCGAUGGAUUUCAUGUGGCGGCCAUAUUGGAGUUCCGAUGACGCAAAUGAUAUUCUGACAAAUCUUAUGCCGUAUCCCGGGUACUGGAACGGGGAUGUGUGCGGUCCGGACCAGAACGUAUGCAAACAGUUCAAUUUUUUGCACAUGAUGACGUCAUCAGAAGCCGUGCCAGUUACGGACGCUAACGUCAAGGAUUUGGCGGAGAAAUUGUACAAGGCAUACAGAUUUACUUCUAGAUUGUAUGGUUACGAUAAUCUCGUGAUUUUCAUAGGCGAAGACGCUUCUUACGAUCUAGCAAACGCGUUUCGAGACACGCAUUCCAAUUACGGCAAAAUUAUGCAAUAUAUAAACGCAAAAUCGGACUGGAAGAUGAAUAUCAAGUUUGGGACGGUCAAGGACUAUUUUGAAAGUAUUCGUAAGGUCGAGUCUAAGUUACGGAAUACAAAAAGCCCGGACAAGUCAUUUCCAGUUUUAAGCGGUGACUUUUUUCCUUACUCAGAUUUUGAAAACGACACGUGGACGGGAUAUUUUACAACGCGCAUCUGGAUGAAACGGUUUACGCGCGAAAUUGAGCCGCUAAUCCGCGCCGCCGACAUGUUCAGCGUCUCGGCCUUCCACCAAUGCACGAAAUUCAAAGCAGGCUGCGCCGAAAUAUCCAAAGCCUAUAAAGAUAUCAUGGGUAAGCUGCGAAACGCCAGACGGGACGUUGGAAUGUUUCAGCAUCACGACGGGAUCACUGGUACGUCACUUCCGUUCGUUGUUUCUGACUACGAGGAGCGGCUUACCAACGCGUUCCGACAGGCGCGGGAGGCGCUGGCGUCCACUCUUUCUCUCUUGCUCACGAAUGGAUCAAUAAGCUCGACGACGGCACUGAAAAACAGCGUCAACAAGGAUAGCCCGAGAUCGCUGCUGUUGUUGAACGAAUUGAAAUUUCAGGGCGAACAACUGAAAAUCGUAGUCGCGAAUCCGGUUGAGCAUGCGCGCGAGGACGUUGUAAGUGUAUGCAUCGCUCAGGGUCAUGUAGUGGUGACGGAAGAGGAAGGAAACACAAAGCAGUACCAGGCGUCUGAAUCCACCCAUCCCACACAUAGUGGGCUGAGUAUUUUGUCGUUUCCUGUGAAACUGUUACCGUAUGAGGUCCGGACAUUCACAAUCUCACGGACUGCAACAAGCCCGAAACACGCCGUUGAAUCGAGCGUUUUAAUUUUCGACGAAAAGAGCAAAAGCUCAACGAAAUACAUAUCAAUCGAAAACGAUUUUAUUGAAGUUCAGUUUGACUCAAGAUCGGGCAGUCUAGAGAGCAUAAACGACAAAAAGACUGGCAAAUCUACGGUGGUGAGAUCCAAGUUCUACAAAUACAUCCCGGGAAAGAGCGGCGCCUAUUUGUUUGAGCCAAAUGGUCCGGCCCAAGAGAUCAAUAUUCUGUACGAUUCAACGCCGAAUAUCAAGGUCACUAGUGGGAUGGUUUUCUCCGAAGUCAGUUUGACCUACAAAUCCGGAUUUUCACAGAAAUUCACCAUAUACAACGUUGAUGACGUCAAGGCGACGUCGGUGUUCAUCACUAACGAAAUCGACCUGAAUAUAGAGCCGUCGCUGGUGAAUACAGAAAUAAUCAUGCGACUGCAAACGGACGUUGAUAACGAGGACCUUUUCUUCACCGACCAGAACGGAUUCACGCUGAUGGGCAGGCGAAAUAACAGACAGCGUCCGAUUGAAACCAACUACUACCCCAUGACAACAAUGGCGAUUCUAGAGGACAAGGGCAAGCGGCUUACUUUGCAUUCCGCUCAGCCACACGGAGUUGCCGCCCUUGAGGACGGCUGGCUCGAGGUAAUGCUCGACAGGAACGUGUUUAGGGACGAUCGGAAAGGGCUGGGGCAGGGGGUCACCGAGCGUGUGCUAACGCGAACCGAGUUCGCCAUACAGGUGGAGUACAAGGAGGCCACGGGUCCCGUAGUAGAGCCGCGUUUUACACACGCAACGCUAAAUAGCAUAGUCGUUAACGAGCAUCUUCAAAACAAGUUGCUUACCUUCUCCUUAGAACAAACGGCCGAAACAUUCAGCCCGAAGUUACAGAUAGUUCAACUGAAAUCAUUCCCGUGUGAUCUCACGUUUGCGGGACUUCGGCAAUUAGUUUCGAAUGAUCUGGAAUCACGAGGUACGAGCCUCGUUCUUCACCGGAAGUCUCCGCAUUGCGGAUUUCCGGUGGGAAAGGUACUGUGUUCGAUGUCGAGUGAAAAAGUAUUACUUUCGGAUUACAUACGUGCCUUAGGUGUGAACCAGUCAGUUUUUAACGUGACGGAGACUUCUCUUUCACACUUACAUCACGUCAAGUCGUUGACGUUUAAUGACGAUAUAGCUCCAACUUAUGGGGAGCUCAGAAGUUUCCUGAUACAAUCAAAACAUUAGAAAUAUUAGUGUUUGUGUUAUAUUGCAUCUCGGUCUGGGAAGAGUGGGCUAAAUGCAGGUGCGUUAAGUUUCACAGGACGAGACGUUACUCACAUGCAUUAACCCUUUGCAUGCUGGGAAAUUUGUUGUCUGCUAAAAUGUCGUUUGCUGAAUUUCUAAAAAUUAGCAUUUUUUUCGAUUUUUUUUAAAAAUAAUACUAUCAGAAGAGCAAACAAUUUGGAUCCUGAUGAGACGCCACGUUCUGUGGCGUCUCAUCUGGAUCCAAACUGUUUGCAAAGGCCUUCAAAAUUCGGUUCCAGCACUGAAAGGGUUAAUACCAGUUUUUUCCCAGGCCGAGUCUCCAUUAUUGACUUGUCUGUUAAUUGCUUGCAUAGGUAAAACUAUUAUGUAGAAAUUCCAUUUUGAAAUGAUGUGAUUGUGAUUUGAAAAAUCCGCUCAAUUAUACAUUGUUGUUAUAAAAUGUAUAUUUAUCUUGUAAAUAGUUUUGUUCAUAUUGUAUACAUAAUUUUAUUGCCGGCAAAUAAAAGUAUACAUUAAAUAUUUUGUUUAAA